AUGCCUCUCUUUUCGCGACGACGAGCUGCCUCACAGCCGCCGGUCGAUCGCUCCACCCACACAGCAGCCCAAGCAGCAGCAGCAGGAGCCCUCUUCAACACCCAACAACAUAAUCGAACACCAUCAUUAUCCUCCGCCGCAGCAGCCGCGGCCCUACGCUCCCUCACGACCACGCCGGAGCCAGUCGGCAGCAUCCAGACCAAGCGCAUGCAAAGGCGCGGAAGCCAAGCCUCAGUCACAAGCGGCAGUGCCAACCUAGGCGGUGCCACGAAACCAACACGUGGAGGCAGUACGACAAGGGGUGCAUUGCAGCGGAAUCACAGCAGCGGGUCUAUGACCGAGCGCACCUUCCGCUCUCCAUCACCAGGCAGCAUAAACGGAGGAGGAGGUGUGAACGGCGCUGUUAUUCCCACUCCGGACGCCCCGCCUGUCCCUGCGCUUCCGCGAACCAUCCCGAACGGGUCGGUCAGGAGAUCGGCGAGUGUUGAGCCGCCGCAGCGUGUGCUGUCGCCUACACCGAGGGGUGGGAGAGGCGCGAGUGUGGAUCGGGCAGGUCUGACUACGCCGAGGUCAUCACUACGGAAUAAGAGAUUAUCUGGGGUAGGUGAAUGGGGUGAGGAGGAAGGAGACAGUAGUCCGAACUCGGUCAAUUUCUCACGGCCGCGGUCCACGCAGCCGGGUAGUCCUGGACAGCAAGAGUCUGAUGAGAUGAAGAGGUAUACGCAUGGUACAGGGUCGUGGUUUGCCCAGCCUACAUCCACUGCUGGAGCUGCGAGACCAUUGAAUGGCGUGCCGAAGAGGGUACAGUCACCCACUCCAUCGAAUCAGGGCGGGCCUAAUGAGGUGUCAUACGAUACUGCGGAUUCAAUCAUGGUCUACGACCCGAAUACGCGGACUUUUGUCUCAACACCACGGCCGAAGCCUAAGCAGCCUGCGCAGCCUACGGUCGGUAGGAAUGCAGCACCUGGCUCCAAGUCAUCGUUACCGCCUGGGACAUGGGAUCCUGACACCCGCUCCAUCGUGCCCUGGCGUCCUGAGUCAGCGCGAACGACGUCCAGCGAUGGCGAAGCCAAAAGGAAACAACGGCCUGCAGUAGCACCCAUCGAGACUGCCUUGCAGCCUCCACCACGAAACCCGGCGCGUCUGUCACCAACGAGCUCCAGUCCAGCCAGUCCUCCUACUUCGCCUAGAGCAAUGGGCUAUUUGCAAAAGCAGCCAUCCAUUGUCCGCGAAGAUCCAGAAGCCGAGGAGCAAGCAGCCUUGACCAAUCCACCAGCCAAACAACGCCCAUUCUCCAGUUCAAUUGGACCUGCUAAAGCAUAUGUGACGAAGACACCACAACAUCAGCGAGCUUCAAGUCUAGACGUACCACGGCAGGGCGGUGCCGGAGCGGGUCGCGGGCGCAAUGGAUCCAUGAGUCCAAGCCGAUCAGCGCAUUUCUCCGCCACCCCCGUGACGAGUGGCACGAUCCACAACCCACCACCACGAUCGAGCUCACCUGUGAAAUCCGCUAUGAAGCACUCCCCUGCAUCGAGCAUACGGACCGCAAGUCCCAUGGCCAAUUUCUCGCCUGCUGGGUUCAAGGCUCCGCCAAGCGAUGUCUCUGAUAUCACGUCCGAGGCAUCAGAGGACGGAAUGGGCCUGCGGAAAGCAAAGAAAAAGGUGCGAGUCAGCUUUGACGAGGAAACUCACGCGAUCGAUGCUGCUGGAGCUGUUGCAUCGCCUAAGGCUAUCACUUCCCAUGAAAGUAUUGACAGUCGAGGACUUUCGCCCAGCGAGGAUCAGGAUAGCGAGCUCAUGAAGCCUCGGCCAGCUCUACCAUCUUUCGGCAGCGUGCGAAGGAACAGAGCCAUGAGCCCGGAAAUGCCUGAGAAGGUCACUGAAGUACCGCCUGAGCGCGAAGGUAUCAGCAGCGAUCAUGCUAUUGGUGGUAUCAUCAGCUCGGCGCAGAAGAUCACGGGUAAUAUGGCUGAUCCUUUGCCACCGGAUGUGACCAGCAAGGAUCCUUCUGGCGCGAUUAGUGACGAGAGCGAGGACGACUCGGCUUUCCGUCCGGACUCGACGAGUACGCCUUCGAGACUAUUACCUGCUGGUACGCAACCUGUACAGGCGCGACGAGUAUCCGUGGACGAGCUAGAGCCGAAAGCUAGGGAUUUCGCUCCUCAGCUCGCCGCGCCACAGCAGGCAGAUGAGGUUGUCCCGUCUAUCAAAUUGCAGCCGCCUACUCCUGGCGAUGAAGCUGGCAAGCAGCUGGGUGUCGAAGCAGAGCAAUCUGUAGAUCGCGUCAUGGGCGAGCAGAAGUCGGCCGCUCCUGAGCCGGAGAUUCAACCGAGGAGAAGUCUGGAGAGAUUCGUUGUGCCUGGUGGUUGGGCGGAGGAGCACAGCGAUAGUAAGACUGUUGCUGCUGCUGGGUCUGGCCCUGCUACGGUGACGGCUGCGCAGCCGAAGGUUCAGAUCAGUGAGCCCGUCGCCAGUAGGCCGCUCGAUCCUUCACCGAUACUGGAUCCUGUGGAUGAGGAAAGCGAUGAUAGUGCCGCUUUCUCCGACGCGGAAGAGGAUCUCUCUUAUCUGGACGAUGGUGGGUUCGCUAGUUUGGACGCUAUAGUGGCAUCACCUGUGUCGCCUACGCGAGCGGAAUUUGAGAAGAAGAAGAAUGCAGAGUUGCCGGAAAUUCCGACGACUACGCGAAAUGCAGAGCCGUCUCAGUCUGCUGAGGAGGGCGGAGAUGGUUGGAGUGCGGCUACGGCUUACUGGAGCAAGCUUAGUAGACAGCAGAGAGAUCAGAUCGAGCGGGAGCAUUUUAGUGACGAUGAUGAGCCGCGGGCUGCGCCUGUGGGGGCGAAGACGAAGAAGAAGACUGCGCUUAAGGCUACUCCGGCGCCAGCACCAGUACCGAGUGGACAUACCAGGGAGGAAUCUGGUGGUCAGUCGCAAUCCUUUUCAAAGACCAUGCGUGGUAGCGCUAGUCCGACGCCAUCUGGUGGCGAAGGCGAGGUACAUAUGCGGAGGUCAAUGCGGGGGAAUACUGCUGGGGGUGGGACUAUGCAGACGACCAUGCGCGGUAACAAUGCUGGCACAGGCACCAUGCAGACGACAAUGCGCUCGGGACCACCUCAACAACGACCACAAUCCGCAUACGUGCCCGCUCAAAAGCAAGAUCCUCCCGCGCGACCGAUGUCCGCUAGUGGGCCACAAGCCUCUUCACGCCUAGGUGCCAAUGGCUUGCCUCUUUCCGCCGCACAACAGCAGUCGAAGCCGAAUAGAGUCAGAGUUGACAGCGAUGGGAGUGUUCGGGGUCCGGCGAGCCAGGAGUCCUCGUUCCCGAGGAUGCAGGGUAGACAGGCGCCGAAAUCAUCAACAUCACAGGCUACGCCAGGUGCUUAUACUGCUAAGCUACAACAAAAGGUAACGAAUGAUUCGGACUCGGAGAGUAGUUUCAAGAAGAAGAAACGGGUGUCACAGACCGCGGGUGACUCGAGUGGUCGCUAUAGUAUGAAGCGUAGUAUGCGUGCCGGGUCUGUGGGCGCGGCAUCCAUGGACUCGAGACCCACUAGUCCGACACCAGCUCCUGCCAGCAAGAGAGGUGGCGGGGCAUUUAGUAUCCGCUCCCUGUCACCUAACGGCGGAGGCGUGUUUGGAAAGGGAAAAGGCGAGAAGUUGAGGUCUAGCCUCCGGAGUGGAAGCGUGGAUGCUUCUGCUUCCAGUUCGGGGGGCAGGAUGUCGACGCUCAGGGGUAGUGGGCCCGCUCCUACCAUGAGGAACAGUGCUCCGGCGCCUACGAUGCGCUCUAAACCCGCUCCGACGAUGCGCUCUGCUCCUAAAACGUCGGUGCCUGCGCCCGCGGCAUCGAAGUCGAGGUUUCGGUCCCGUUUCGUGGACUCGGAUGACGAGGAUGAGCCGAGUGGUGGUGGUAGGGGCAUGUUUCGAUCUAGGUUUGCGGACUCGGAUGAUGAUGAUGAUCGCGGGCCGGCUUCUCCUGCUCUGAGGCCUGUGAGGGGAAUUCCAAGGAGGGCGGGGCAGGAUGAUGGCGACUCGACCGAUUUGGAGGAUGAGGAUGAUUUUGAUGGGAAGGGGAAGGUGGGAAGAGGGAGGGGGAGUAAGGGGGGAUUUGUGACGAGUCAGGCGGAUGUGGAGAAGGCUAUGGAGGCUGCGAGGAGGAAGUUGGGGAUUGCUGAGCCCGGGAAGCAAGAGCAGCAGCAGCAGCAGGUACAGCGUCCUGCUGCUGCUACGGUCAAUGAGGGUGGUGCGUUGGGUGCAGGGAGUAUGAGGAAGACUGAAUCUGCUGCAGCCAACGACAAGGCCGAAGCAUCGCGGAAGGUUACCCGACCGCCUCUUGAGCCUGCUACGCCGGAGAAGAAGAAACGCAGUUUCAUGGGCAGUAUUCUGCGCCGGAACCGGAGCUCGCAGGCUAGUAUCCCGCAAGUGCUACCGGGGAGUCCUGUGCCGCCUUCACCUGCUGUGCCAGCGCAGUAUAAGGCUUCGCCUCUAGCAUCAACUUCACCACCACAGCAGCAGCAGCAGCAGAGCCCUAACGCAGUAGCAGAGACCUCCGCACCAGGUACCCCUUCCUCCGUCCGCGGCGGGAAACUCGUCCGACGCAGUUCCGGCCAGCCAGUGAUGACUCGUGGUGAGAGUUACAUGAGUAACAUAACCACCGCCACCGCUCCAGUCAUGCCUUCGACUUUACACCAUAAAGACAGCGAUAACUGGCCCCUCGCUCCUCCCAUCCCACCUAUCCCUACCGAUCUCAACAACCGGGACACCACGCGCCCUUCGACGUCAGACGGCGUGACGGGCGGCAAAUCCCCUAAUCCAGAUGCGGUACGCCUGGCCAGGACAAUGCGGCCGGAUGCCGGGCAGCGACGUCUUUCUUCUGCUACGGCUGCUACGGGGGUUGGGUCCGUGGGUCGGAGCGUGGGGUUUGCGGCGGGGAGUAAGGAGGAUGAUGGCGGGGCUGGUGGUGGGGAGGGGAGUUAUUUGAGGGACGGGUUGGAUGGGACGUAUAGUAAGCGGACGGGGAAGAAGAAGAAGUUUGGGAUGUUGAGGAAGGCUUUUGGGUUGUAUGAUUAG